AUGUCUGACACUGUGAAAGACUGGCAUGCGCCUUCUGAUGGUACUCAUUCUACCGACGAAGAAGAGCUCGAUGUUGAAGGCGAAAGCGAAGAAUGGACUGGGGAUUCUCAGUCAGAAUCUAGCGAGUCAGGAGAAGAGGAUAAAGACGAGGGGGAAACGGGAAAUGAGAGAAAACGCAGCGUUAUUCUUGAGCCGCCUGCGAGUGUAGAAACACAGAUUGAGGGCGACUUCGAUCGACUCGUCGAGAACAUCCGCAAAGCGGGGGAUGGCUCCAGUACUGGAAUACUCACAAAGGUGUGGGACAUAAACAUUGAAGACCAGGAAGCAGAGUUCCGCGAUGAUCUGCGUGAGGCUUCUGGAGUUGGCCGCGCAAAACGGAAGAAGCGGGGAAGACGUCCUGGACCUGUACUUUCACAACAAGUUCGUGCUUUGAUAGGGGAAGGGAAUCAAGCAUACGUUGACAACAAUCUGCCCGAGGCUAUUCGGGUAAUGGAGGAAGUCAUUCGCAUAGAACCACGCGCUGCAUCUGCUUGGUCUGUCCUUGCGCAGUGCUAUGCGGAUCUGGCUGAAUCUCAGAAGACACUGUUGUUGCGCGUAAUGGCGGCGCAUCUCAAUCAUGAUGCAGAAGAGUGGGAUCAGCUCGCCAGGCAAUCACGGGAAUUGGGAUAUAAUCAACAAGCAUUGUACUGUUACAGGAAAGCAUUCAAUCUUGACCCAACAAAUGUGAAUGCCCUAUGGGACCGCGCCUCUUUAGCGAAAGAGAUUGGUGAUCUGAAAACGGCUCGUAGCACACUCGUUGCCAUGCUCAAGCGGGUCCCCCACAAUCUUACUGUGCUCGAUGAGCUCCGUCCCGUUCUCAUCGAACUUUCAGAUCUCACCCUAUGCGCGACGCUUUUUUCUGAAGCAUUUGCCCAUAACCACUCCAUAUUCCCUUCUGGUAUCGGCUAUAAUCCAGAAAGCCAGCAGGAGGUUCCUGGCGGUGGGUUCGGGCUCAUGCACCUGCUUGUACUUGCGGAUCUUUAUAACACCUUGGGGAAGUAUGAAAAGGCCAUUGACACAAUCAGAAAAGGAUGCAGAUGGCUUCAGGGACGUGCCCAGCAAGUGUUUUGGGAUGUCUGCGAAGACGAUCGUGAAUAUGAUGCCGAGGGGUUUAGAUGUGCGGAUGACGAGCUGCAGCCGGGGAUAUAUCCUCUCGACGUCAAUGCGAGGCAUCGAUUGGCCGUGGCUCGGAUUAAGAUGGGGGAUGCUGAAGAAGGCAAGAUUCAUGCCAAAAUUGUUCUAUCUCAAGACGCCGCGGAAUAUGCCCCGCUUUUCGGCGAGAUUGCAGAUGCCUAUUUCGAUCGCGAACUAUAUGUUGAAGCUGGGCACAUCUACGAAAUCCUGGGUGGUGAUGCGGGUACAAGUAGCCUCUACGUUUUAAUGCAGGCAGCUGCAUGUCGGCGUAUGAUAGGCGACAUAAAGGAAGCCGCUGAAGUCUAUCAGCAUGUCAUCGCUGCGGAUGCAACACAUAAUGAGGCAAAGAUGAAACUUGCCGAGAUAUACGAGAUUCUCAACGAACCUCGAAAGGCUUUGGAGUUGGUGCUUCAAGUUAUGGACUCACGCAAGCGACGGCCGCGACAGGGUAUUGUGACCGGGUCCAUGGAAGACCCCUCCUCAUCUUCACUGUUUGAAGAGAAAUCCAGGUCGAAAGCCGGUCUGAAGUCUGCCGACAAGUUGAGUGCGACUCAACUCCGAGAAUUAGAAUCACAAAAAGAACGUGAAGUUUCUCAAGGAUUCCACAUCAUCAGAGAACUCUGGCCUCGAAUGCUAGUGGGCGAGGAAGAUGCCGAGCGAGAAUGGCUUAUUGAGGCUGAGAAGCUGGUUGAGUCCUUCAGGGAGACUAGAGCGCUGUUUGUGACUAGUAGGCACAAAGGGUUCCGGGGAAUGUUCCCUAGAUCAUUGAGAAAACAAGCCGAGGAAGCUAACGAGGAAAGUAUGGCCUCUCGCCUUCAGUUAGACUUGAGACGUGAGUCUGCAACGCGCAAAAUGAAGUCCGAAAUCAAUCCAGGAGGAGUGGACGUCUUCCGCACUAUUCCUUUUGACGAAUGGCUGCGACUGUUCCUUCACUAUGCGUUUCUACUCACUAAACGCGGACAAUACGACAGUGCACAUGAAAUAUUGCGUCAUAUCACAUAUUCUAGCGCAUACCAGACUCGUGUUGCCCAGGACACUAUCAGGCUGGCGUUAAUCACCUGUGCGAUCCAAGGCGAGCAGUUCAGUGUGGUGGUCGAGCAAUCACGCAAGCUUGUUCUUGCAUAUCAGUUCAAUAACGAGCCACUCCGCGUGCUUCUCAUGUCUCUCAGUAAUGGACAUCGCGCAACCGAUGCGUUUCUUGUGUCGACGCUCGCCAAACACCUACUCCGGGAGCUCAAGCUCGCAGAUACUGCACUCAAAAAUCCAGAAGCCCUUCGUUGGAACAGUGUUCUUCGACGCUAUGGACUGGGAAGCUCUGGAAGUAAAGGGGCCGAUGACGACGAUACGGACGACGAAGAGGAUGCAUUAAAAGAGGGAACACCUACGGGGGAAACGUCCGAUGGCCGGGAAAAGACGAAGCUGCCUACCAAGGGCAAUCCCGUUAGCAUAGCAAUCUACGGUCAGAUUUGUCUUGCUGCCCGAAGUUAUCAGAGUGCACUAUCUAUCGCAUCGUUUGGACGCGCCAUGCAACGACAAGCGGACAACAGGAACCACUUAAUCACUCAGGCAAGUGUCGGGCUGGCAUUCUUGUCUCAAUACCGUUCGAUUCGAGGAGAAAACACAGAUGGCGUAGAAGAGGUCGAAUACAACUUUGGACGUGCAUUCCAACAGCUAGGCCUUCACUCUCUCGCGGCUCGCCAUUAUGAGCGAGUUCUCGAGCUCGCGGAAAAACGGGCAGCAACGGACAGUCAGGACGGUCUUGCGCGUGAGGCAGCAUACAAUCUGUCCAUUAUAUUUGUAACCACCGGCGCAGGACCGCUUGCGGAGAAGUUAUAUCGUCGAUGGUUGUCUCUUUAG